GACUGUACAAGAAAACACAAAUUUUGAAUAUUUAUAUAUUUUGAAACUCACACUCAACUCAAAUUGGUAUAUACUUAUAAAUUCUGAAUCUGAUCACCACCUGCCCAACCCCAAUCUCAUAACACUCUUAAAAAGACAGCAUCUUAGCACAAUAGUUCCUUCACUCCUUUCACCAAAAGUUUUAAUGCAGAUUCUCUAAACCUUUAUACCCUUUCAAAGUUCAAAAACCUUAUUCUUUCAAAUAAUCAUUUUACUUAAAAAAAAAAAUAUAUAUAUAUAUACAUGAAAGGAAUCGAUAUAUUCUGUGCAUCCCAAGCUUCAACUUCCAUAUGUCUUAGUAUGGAAGAAGCCUCAUCAUCUUCUUCUUCUGUAAUCCAUAUAGGCGGCGGCAGUAUUUCUGCCAGCCGCCUAAUCGACCGUCACAACCCUAUCAUUAGAGAUUCUAGAAGAAUCGGUGGCAGUGACCGUGUUGAACGGCCACUGCCACCUUGUUCUUCUCAGCAGCCAGUUUCUCCAAAACCAAAGAAGAAGAAUAAUAACAAAAAGAGUAGUACUACAUCUUCAAAAGCAUCAAUAGAAACCAACAAGAAAAAGGCUAAUAAUAAUGAUCAUAAAGGUCAUUUUAUUAAGAGAAGUAGUUGGAGUUGUACAAAGCCUGGUGAAUUUAUUACUCCACCUAGUUCUUCAAGGUACCUUUUAAGUGAGAAAGAUUUAUUUGAUGCUUUAUCUGAUUAUGAUGAUCCAGUUUUGAAGUUAGUUAAUUCCAAGUCUUGUAAAGAUGUGAAAGUAGCAGCAGAUGAAUCUUCUACUCCAAAGCCACCAUCUUCUUUAAGUUCUUCUCCCUCAAAGGACCAGGUGGUUGUUCUAAGAGUUUCACUGCACUGCAGAGGAUGUGAGAAGAAGAUGAGGAAACAUCUCUCUAGAAUGCAAGGGGUGACAUCUUUCAACAUAGACUUUGCUGCAAAGAAGGUAGAAGUUAUUGGGGAUGUGACACCACUUGAGGUUCUUGCUAGUAUUUCUAAGGUGAAAAAUGCACAACUUUGGCCACCCACUCUGAGUUGACGAAUUUUACAAAGAAGCCUGUAGUGUCUGAUGGAAAUUUAGAAAAUCUAACUUCUCAAAAUUUACCGGGAGAAUCUUGGAUCAACUGUAAAAUUAUCUCUGUGUAACUUAUGGGUAACAGGUUCGAGUUGUGAAAUCAACAUUGAUGCUUGUGCAAGGAUACACUACUUAUAUCACACUUCGUUGGAGUGGACCCUUCCUCGGACUCUUCAAGUAUGCCUUGGAGAUCAAUUUGUUUUCUUAUCUGGGGGUUUAAUAGGUGGUAUUUGUAAGCUUCUGGUCUUGAGUAAUGAACUCUUGUAUACCUAGUAGUUUCUUUAUAUAGCAAAAUAAGUUCAAAGAAGAAAAAUGCAAUUCUUGAACAGUGUGUGCUCUCACAUCUGUUGUUUGGGAAAAGACACUGUAUUUGGUACAGUGAAAAAUCUCGAAAAAUUUGAAGUCUUUCUCAAGCAACAUGACUUAAAUCUGCCCACAGAAGAAAACGCAUGUCCUAAAUUGCAGCUUCCUAGGUGAGCAAAUAUUUUUCAUGUUUCUGCC